CCCUGCUGCUACUAGGGCUUGCAAAUCAGCCGGGAGGUGGGCAAGCGGACCAAGGGCAGCGUCUCGGACCACCCGACCUCAAUGGGAGAUUUUCCACACUGUCCAUGGGUCCGCCGGGCAUAUGGGAUGGGCUGCCGCCUGUUUUGCUGGCUCUGCUGGAGGGCUGCCCGCCUCGGUUGCUGGGGCUGCUGCCGCGCUCGCGGGCGCCGGUGUUUGUCUGGCGGCUCGAGCGUCGACGGUCGAGUCGACAACUGCCUCUUGACGGGGGCGGCGCGGGCGAACCUGUUUGCGGGCUGCCGGCGUCCAUAAGUCGGUGGCGCUCCUCGCGUGCCACCGUGUCCCGUCGACGUGACCUCAAUCGUGCCAAUGACGACCAUAGGCUACCCCCUCAGCGCGCCCGCCGAUGAUGUAGCUGUCAUGGCACCGGCCCCCGCGGCCGAGGCGCCGGCGCCCGCCGCCGCAGAGGCGCCCGCGCCGGCCAUCGAGACCCCCCGCACUCCGACACGCUUCGACCUCCUGCAGACGGCCCGAUCCUUACGACGGGACCUCCUCGCGCACAAGCGUCGGCUGCGAGAUGCCCAGCAACCGGAGAGGGGCGAGCUGCCAUCCAUGAUCUUGGCAAGAGCCAAAGAACGCGCGGCCGAGUGUGUAUUUGAGGACACCGUCGCGUCGCACACGCCCCAAUCUUAUAAGGAUAUGGUCCGCGCGAAGGCACGAAGUCAUAGGGCGGAGCUCGAAUUAGCAAGACUGGCGGAGCACGACGCCUUCGACAAGGAGCGCUAUUCAUCUUUCUGUCAACGAAUAAAGGGCAGUGAACUGGAAGCUUGGGUCCGCGAGACGUUCGAGGCGAUUGAUGUGGAUGAGGACGGCGAGGUGUCGUUGCUGGACUUCGAAUUGCUCGAAGGGAAAGAAAAUGGAGCUCUGGCAAAGAUGUUCACGACGAUGACGUCUCAGAAAAGCAAUAUCAAGCUAGUGGAGUGGGUGCAGUUCUGUGCAGACCUGUGGCACGUCGGCGGCUGUGUGGAAAGUUCACGGCGCGUUCGCGACGCCUGCUCGACGGCGUGGCGGUCGCGUCAUCGCCGAGAAAUGAUUUCCACACAGGUCGGCGGCCAGGACCUAGUAGCUUCCACGCUCAAGUCCUUCGAGAACCUCAUACGGAUGCGGGAGCGCGAGGAGGUGCAAGAAUUGCGAGACAUCUGUCGCAAAGCGCCCCCGCCCGAUCCUGAGGUCUGGCCGCGCUCUACACCAACGCUCGACGAGCGCGUGCUCUGCGUCUUCCAGGGCAUGGACUUUGAUGGGAAUGGUGCCGACGCGGCGUCCUUGCGUGCUCUCGACUCCACGCCAUUGACGCCAUCGCGUCAUUGCGUGCUCUCGGCGUCGGCGCGCCGUCGUCGAGGAGCGAUUCGACUCCACGCCAUCGACGCCAUCGAUGCGACGCACUACGCGCGCAGGUACGAUCGAGGCCGAGGAAUUAGCUGACUUGAUCCAGAACGACGCCGUGACGCCUUUAAUACUACCCUUGCUGGACAACGACGACGGCGACGGGAAGGUGACGCCCGAGGAGUUCCGGACCUUCUUCGACGUCUGGGCGGUCAUGGGCGACCAAGGGGUGGAGACGGCAUUGGUCACGUUCGAGAGUUUACUUAGGGUGCGGGGCGGUCCCAUGCAGGAGGCCUAUGAGCAGCGAAAAAGGGAGUUGUUGGGCAUCGAGCUGCCCGUGAAGUUGCCCACACCUCGAUCGGAGGAACCCGAACCUAUGAGGGAUCUGCUUAAAAGAGUGAGAGGGCCGUCGUUGCCGCCUCGGGAUUUCGUGGAAGAGGCUCCCGAGCCUGUACUUCGUGAUCACGAGUCCGGCAUCGUCUUGAAACCCGACGGCAGCUCGGCGCCGGCGCCGGCGCUGCCUAUGCUAGACAUAUCCCGGGAGGUCUUGAGGGAGGCGCUCGGCUCGGCGCGCGCUCUGUUCGAAGAGACGCCGCGGACGCCGCGGUCGUCGCCGCGGCGCUUGUACCGCCGCGACGCCGACGAGUCGAUGUACACGCCGUUCAAGGCGCGGAGUCGGCCGCGGCGGGCGAAGCCAUCGCUGGCCGGCGCGGGUGCGGCGCUCCUGGCGACGGCCACGUUCUCGUCGGUCGGUGGGUAACACAUGUUUCACUUACA